CGGCUGCGAACUGUUGGAGAACUUUUUUUUUUUCCUUUAAUUAAGUUGAUCAUAACUGUAACUCAGCUGGGAUUUGCUGUCCGACUAGACAGGCCACUGUAAUUCAUGUAGUUAGAUCUUAAGUGGGUUUGCGCGCCGCAGCUCUAAUCUCUUGCUACUAUUAAACGUGGAGCGAUAAAACCUGGAGAGCUCUCCACACCGAGCCUGGUCCCGCACGGUCAGAUUUUCGUCGUUUCUAUUGCUGCUUCUGAUCCCAGCGCUUAGAAAAUCACCUUCGUCGAGAGUUUAAAGACUUUUUUCAAAACUUUAAGGCCGCGUUAGACUCAGUUGUCUCUCGCUGGAUUUCUUUUCUUCAAGAUUCUUUUAAGCGUCCGUUCUGUUAUCGCGCCUGAUAUGUGGUGGAUGCUGUUUCCCCGAUGGAUUUGGUUUCUUCUGGGACACUGUUACACUGUACUCCUUUAUAUGGACAGUUGCCGCGUGAGAGCUAUGCCUAUGCCCAUGUCUGUGGCAAAGGUGGUGUACUCUCACGCUGGUCUUUGCCCGAAUGACCUGAACCCCAACCUGUGGGUGGAUGCUAUGAGCACCUGUAUGCGCGAGUGUGAAUCCGACCAGGACUGCGAGACGUUUGAGAAGUGCUGUCCUAAUGUAUGUGGUAACAAGAGCUGUGUGGCAGCGCGCUACAUAGACAUCAAGGGAAACAAGGGCCCCAUUGGAAUGCCAAAGGGCGCCACCUGCGACAAGUUCAUGUGCUCUCAGCAAGGGUCCGAGUGUGACAUCUGGGACAGCCAGCCUGUUUGUAAGUGCCGGGACCGCUGUGAGAGGGAACCCCACUUCACAUGUGCAUCUGAUGGCAUGACUUAUUAUAACAAGUGCUACAUGGAUGCAGAGGCCUGUUCCAAGGGUAUCUCUAUCUCUGAGGUCACCUGCAGGUACCACCUAACCUGGCCAAACACCAGCCCAAUCCCUGCAGAGACCACUCUACAUCCUACUACUGCCCUCCAGACCACUCUCCCAGCUGACAUCCAGCUCCCCAGCAUACACAGCGGCCCCACCCAGCUGGCUGUUUUUGCUGGAGAGACGGCUAGCUUCCUGUGCGAGGUGUCUGGGAAGCCGCGUCCGGAAAUCACCUGGGAGAAGCAACUGAAGGGCAAAGAGAACACUGUCAUGAGACCUAACCACGUCCGCGGGAAUGUCGUGGUUACUAACAUUGGCCAGCUGGUCAUAUACAACGCACAACUUCAGGAUGCCGGCAUCUAUACAUGCACUGCCAAAAAUGUUGGAGGAAGUGUAUCAGCACACUUUCCCUUGGUAGUGAUCAGAAAAGAGGUGAAAGGUAAGAACGUAGAGGGGAAUAGCACCAACUUGCCUUUUCCAGCUGAAGAGUGCCUCAAGAGUCCAGACACAGAUGAUUGUGGAGAAGAGAGCAUGAGUUGGUACUAUGAACCUAAGAGGAAUAACUGCUUCACUUUCACCUACAGUCAGUGCAAUAAAAACCGGAACCAUUUCGACACCUACGAAACCUGCAUGCUGUCAUGUGGAGGAGAGCUAGCGGCUCCCUGUAGUCUACCAAGCCUCCAAGGGCCUUGCAAGGCUUACGAGCCUCGCUGGGCCUAUAGCAGCAGCCUCAAAAAGUGUCAGUCCUUCGUCUAUGGAGGCUGUGGUGGCAACGAGAACAACUUCGAGUCCAAAGAGGCCUGUGAAGAGAUGUGCCCCUUUCCGAAGAACCACAACUGCAAGAUGUGUAAACCUCGGGGCAAGAUGGUCACCAGCUUCUGCAAGAGUGACUUUGUGAUUCUAGGGCGUGUGACUGAGCUGACGGAGGAGCAAGAGUCGGGCCAUGCUUUGGUGACGGUGGAGGAGAUCUUGAAGGACGAGAAGAUGGGUCUGAGGUUCUUUGGCAAGGAACCGCUGGAGGUGACUCUUCUGAACAUGGACUGGAACUGCCCCUGCCCCAACAUCACAGUGGCCGACGGGCAGCUCAUCAUCAUGGGUGACGUUCAAAAUGGGAUGGCCAUUCUGCAACCCGACAGCUUUGUGGGUGCCUCCAGCACUCGUAGAAUCAGGAAGCUUCGUGAGGUCAUCCACAAGAAAACCUGCGAUUUUCUUAAAGAUUUCUCUGCCGUCCAGUAGGUUCUUUUAAAAUCUUACACUCACUGAAAGUUCCCUUGUUUUAAGAUUAUUUCCAAGCUCCAGUGACCUCACCAGUCUGACUGACUGCAAGUAAGCACAAAACUAGUAACUUAUCUGUAACAUUGGAGGUUUUGUUGCCUCUUUCAGACAUUUUUCUUUCCUUCUUUUGCUCCUUAUUACUCAUUAGACCUAAAAAAAAUUCUUAUAAUCAUGAGUCAUAGUCAUAAUAUAUCAUUUUUACCAGUUGUUUUCAUUCAUCAUUUCUUUACAGAUGCUGUGUUAAAACUGUUUUUUAAUUAGAAUCAAUAAAAGCUAGACAGUUUUGGUGUGAACACCAGGGACACGCUGUCUGAAGGCAAGUAGAAUAGGAAUAGUCACAUUCACUUACCCUGUAAGUGAGUGUGAGUGAGUGUGAGUAUUUAAUCUUUAUAACUGCAUAUUAAAAUGACAUUAUAGUUUUUUCUUCAGAUGUUAUCUUGAGUACACUAAUAUCAUUCAUUUAGCAGUAUGUUUUAAUAUAAUUGGUUUGUUUGCUUUAUGUUUUUUUGGGGCCUCCCAAAAUAAGAUGUUGUAUAACAACUGUCCUCACAAUAAUGCAAUGUGAAGCCUCAGUUUAUCUACCAGAAUCAAAUAAGCUCUUUGGUUCCAUUUUUUUGUGGAAUCUAUUUUGAUAAGUUUAAAUUUACAAUACAGAAUAUGUAUGUGGACUUCUGUACUUCAUAUUUAUUUUUCUUGAUCUAUUUCUCAUAGGGCUAUGGCCAAGGGACAUAUACAUAUAUAUAUAAUUACAUAGAGUACAUACAUAUUUAUCUAUGAUAUACUUUAUUAGUGUUCAUCAAAAUGUUUAUGAAAUAUGAUGGUAAAAUGAAUAAAGUUGAUUUUGAAAAUAUUA